GUCCCUUGUGACUCCACAGUCAUGUCCUGUUCUGCUAGGAAGAAACACAUUAUACCCUACAACAGCUGAUGUGCAUCUGGAUCGUAAGAAACACUGGGUGAUUUUUGUGGAAGAUUCGGACGCGCAGCGAAUAUCGAAACAGCAGCGACGGUAAACGUGAAGAGGUGAAGCUUUCUCCUACACAUUAUGGCCUCUCGUAAGAAGGUGCUGCUCAAAGUGAUCAUCCUAGGGGAUUCUGGAGUUGGGAAGACCUCUUUGAUGAACCAGUAUGUGAAUAAUAAGUUCAGUAAUCAGUAUAAGGCCACUAUUGGAGCCGACUUCCUGACUAAGGAGGUGAUGGUGGACGACAGACUGGUCACCAUGCAGAUUUGGGACACGGCGGGACAGGAGCGCUUUCAGUCUCUGGGCGUGGCUUUCUACAGAGGGGCGGACUGCUGCGUGCUGGUGUACGACGUCACGGCACCCACUACAUUCAAGACUAUGGACAGCUGGAGGGACGAGUUUCUCAUUCAGGCCAGUCCUCGUGACCCGGAGAACUUCCCCUUUGUUGUGCUGGGCAACAAAAUCGACCUGGAGAACCGGCAGGUGACGACAAAGCGAGCUCAAGCGUGGUGUCAGAGUAAGAACAACAUCCCCUAUUUUGAGACCAGUGCCAAAGAAGCCAUUAACGUGGACCAGGCCUUCCAAACUAUCGCUCGCAAUGCACUUAAACAGGAGUCGGUGGAGACGUAUGACUUCCCUGACCAGAUUAAACUGAGAGACGACAGACCGGUGUCUAGCAGCGAUGGCUGCAGCUGCUGAAGGAAAGACCAAACUGGGGACGGCAAGAGAAAGAGCCAACAUGGGAAAGGGAGAAAGCGAGAUGGAAAAGAUCCUCCCCUUUUCCUCCUUUAAAACCUCCAGGGUAUCAAAUGCCACGUGUGAAAGCUGAACAUCCAUUUUCUUGCUGAACUCCACGUAAACGUGUGAUGUGAUGAACUGUUGAGGAACAGAAAGACCAACGUGUUGCAUAUCCUCUGACAGUGCAUUUAUUACAAGUUCUGCUAUCACUACAGCUGUCCCAGAAUUUCCAUGUCGCUACUCCUGCUGUCCGUGCAAUUCGAUUUUCUUUUCUCAGAAAUGACCUUUGCUCUGCUAGUUCAUUGUGCCUUUUUAUUUUGUACUAUUUGUUAUUGUUACCAAUGCCUGUUUCACUCCUAUGCUGAAAGAAUAUUCAGUUAAGAACAUUACAUAUGUAAUAGGGCUGGGAAAUAUAACAAUAUUAAUAAAAUAUUUUAUCUGCCAUUUAAAA